AUGGCGGAGAGUGAUGACGACAGAGAUGACAGAACAACCUCCUCGUGCGAGGGAUGUGGACAUCGAAUUCUUGAUCGCUUCAUAUUGCGAGUAUUCCCGGAUAUGGAUUGGCACGCGGCAUGUUUAAAAUGCGCAGAGUGUAAGAAAUCUCUCGAUGGAUCAGGUACCUGCUUUGUUAAGGAUGGCAGAAUUCUCUGUAAAGACGACUACAACAGGAUAUAUAGAAUGAAUUGCUGGAAAUGUCAAAAAGCGUUGAACAAAGACGACCUGGUGAUGAGGACUUGUUCGAAGAUCUAUCACUUUGACUGCUUUCGAUGUGAGUGCUGCGACCGUCACUUGCUUCCCGGAGAUAAGUUCCACUUACGGGAUGGCCACCUGCUGUGCAUCGCUGACCACGAUUUACCUCAGAGGGACCUGCCACUUAAGCAUGAUGUCCCAUCACCUCCGCAGAGAACCGCUCGGGUCAGGACGGUCCUGAGCAAGACCCAGUUGCACAUGCUUCAGACUUGCUACAGCGCUAACCCCCGCCCGGACGCCUUGGUCAAGGAACAGCUGGUGGAGAUGACAGGGCUCACCUCACGGGUCAUCCGUGUCUGGUUCCAGAACAAGCGGUGCAAAGACAAGAAAAGGAGCACGCACCUGCACCACGCUCCAACAACACACACUGCCCAUAAGACAUCUUCAUGUGAAGAGGCUGAGGCUAAGCUGAUGAGCUGUCAGCUGGAGACUCCCAGUAGCAGUGCGGUGUCCAGCCCAGUGUCCAGUGGCAUUCCAUGA